UAAAACUACAAUUUAACUUAAUUCCCUACACACAAGGCUCCAAACCACAAAAAUCCACUCAUCCUAUUAGGCAUAUCAGCUCACACAGCUCUAGGCAGAUAAAAACUAAAAAUGAAAAAGAAAAGCUAAAUGCUCCCAUAGAAAGAACAAAGGUAUUCAAAUUUCAAUUCCUUUCUUCUUCUCUUAGAACCAUUCCAUGGAAAAUUUUAGACCCAAAUCAUGUAGGGAAGGAAAGGCUCAACAAAUGGAGAGCAAGAAUGGCAUAAAUAGCAUGCAAGAUCUAAGGUGUUACAGUGCUUCCAAUGGUGGUUCAACGAUGAACAAUGGACAAACCCAGAUCCCGAAUAACGUCGAUAAGUUCAAGAAAAGCAAAUCCAGCAAUGGGUCUUGCUCGAAAAGCUGGAAUCUCAAUGACCCAGAGUUGAGGAGGAAAAAAAGGGUAGCUAGUUAUAGGGUUUAUAGUGUUGAAGGGAAAGUGAAAGGAUCAUUGAAGAAGAGUUUUAGAUGGCUUAAAGAGAGGUAUGUUAGGGUUGUUUAUGGAUGGUGGUAAUAUUAAUAAUAAUUUAUUAGUAAAUUUGGAUUUGUUUUUACCUUGUUUUGUUUUUUUUAUGCUUCACUGAGAUGGACCCUCUCGUUUUUCUUUUGGGGUUUGUACAAUUUGGUUGGUGGAUUUAAGUUGAGGAAUGUUGAUUAAUUGAAGAAUAGUAUUCGAAA